GCAGGCUUCCCAACGGUCGAAAACACGGAUUUUGUAGUCGUGCACGCCCACUCGCUCCCUGCACGAAUCUGCUUCCUUGGCGUCUUCGUGAUUACCAUGUGUCGUCACUCGCCGCGAAUACGACAACGCAAGUGCGUGCACUGUCUCGGCUGUCAUGUCGUUGAUGGCUAACUUGUACCGCGGGCUGCCGCUGCUGCUGCUAGUGGUCGUUGUCGGCUUUCACAUCUGCUUCCUCGAGCGCAUUCCUAGAAGAAGACCGACGUGUCGGAUGUCAAAGAAGGUGAGGAAGAUGGAGAACCUUAUGACGAAGAGCACAUUGUCGGUAGGGGCGAUGAGAUCUUCACGACAGCGAUGCAGCGGUGUGGAAGGUGGCAAGCGACCAUACAACCCAACGCUGUACAGCCAUCUACCAUCCCACAAGAUUCCAUUGCCUCUGAGUGACACCGACGCCGACGAGCUUCAAUCCUCGACGGUUCCUCAGGGCAGCGGUUCGACAAAGGAUUGGAUGGGGAGCCGGUUGUACCAACAGCCAAAGAUGCCCAUGUACACAGAGCUGCCGGAGGGACGGACCCCGACUGGCUAUGACGCUGGACUCGUCGAUCUCAGCUUCGGUUUGAGGUCUGGCAGUGGUCCGGCUAUGACACAUACCGUUGUCGUCAAUCCAACUGCAAGCGACAACCACACACAAUCUUUGAUGAGGGCAGGGGGGGUUCCGGAUAACAGUGGCGUGUGUUCUCGUGAGUUGGCCGCCGAACGUGGAGUCAUUUCACCGAAGCACGGGGGAGGGAGCACUCCAGGCAUGGCCGCUUCAAGGACGAAAACAGCGGGUGUGGCGGCUUGUCGAUCGACUACACCCAACGAAGCAAUCAACGGACAACGAGACAACGAUGACUGCUCUGCUACAGAGGUGAUGGGUCGGCAGGUUUGGGACGAUCAUCGGCCAGAAAUUCAGCAAGCAAGCACUUUCAGCAUCACGAGAAGGGUGGCGAACAUGAACGUCGGGGGAGACGACAUCUUCGUCGAUUGCGAUGGUGCAGGGGGCGAUUAUUACGCAGCGGAAGAUGGCAACCGUCAGGACGAAGACGACGACGGCGAGACAGAUUUGUCCGCUAGGGAGGAAGAGAGGCGGGUCCCAAGGCAGAAAGAAGGUUGUGCUACCGCGCGUAGGGAGACAAGGCAAGAGGGCUGCGGAGGAUACGACCGCGGUCGACGGAGUGAAAAGUAGGGAUUUUUGGACGGUGAUGCACAUGAUUGCUCUCGCUCGAGCGAAUAGAAAGCGUGACCCUUUGCACCAAAAGCCUUUGCCACCUCGAAA